UAAUGGGAGUGUAUUUCCAAAUUGUCUAAUUCUAAACAAGUUAAAAUAAUUGUUAACGCUCAUGAUAAAUUUAUCUGACGUGUCGUAUUCGUUUAGUGUUCAGAAAAGGCGUAAUUUGUAGUGUAUUUUAAUGAAAUUUGUGUCGGUCUCUGAGUUUUUGACAUAACAUACAAUUGUUUAAUACAAUGUCAAAUCUGCUGGACAAUCUUAUAUCAUCUCCUCCAAGUGAUUUGUGUUUCAACUGCAAUGAAUUCACAAAGGAUUCAUUUUCUGUGGAUCAGUUCUUACAAGAACACCGCAAUAUGGCCAAUUUGGAGACAAUGCGUGAUGAUUUGGGAGUUUACCUGAAGACCCUCCGCUCAGCUAUGAUAGAAUUGAUAAAUAAAGACUAUGCUGACUUUGUAAACUUAUCCAGCAAUCUUAUUGGCCUAGAUAAAGCUAUCACUAGUAUACAACUGCCACUUGGUCAACUGAAAGAAGAGUUACUUGUGGUACAAAAUAAUAUUGAAGAUGCCUUAAAUGAAGUCUCUGCUCAGCUUUUAAGGCGAAAAAAGAUCCAAGAAAAGAAACGUAGCCUUAAAAGUUUAAACAGGGUUCACUGUUCCUUGAAGAAACUAAAUUGCUUGAUAACUGAGAUGAGCAGGGAAAAGGAUUUCACUCUGAACUGUCUGCAGCUCGAGAGAGCAGCCAUGGAAUACAAUCAGCUGCAGUUUCAUGUGUCAAGAUGUUCUACCUACCUAUCAACUGUGGAGGAGUCUCAGUCUCCGGCAGAUAUCCAGGAAACAUCAAAGAAGUCAAGUCAGAGUGCGGCUGCUCCAGCUGCGGAUCACUUAACUCCAUCAGCCAUGGCGGCGGCGAGAGCGGCUGGUCAACUCACAGCGCAGACAUCAAGACAAAGUGGGCAAGUUACUGUGGCACCUGGUGACCUCUCAUACAGUGAAGUGGUAAAGCAGAGUAAUGGUGAGUGUGGUGGAGUCAGUGCUGGAAUUUUGGAAGAAAUUGGCAGAAACCUUUACAAAUUUCUGGAUACACAGUUUGUUGAAUGUCAAAAUAAGGACAAAGAGGAUCAGUUGUGUAGAAUUCUCGGAAUUUACUUGUCUUUGGGAAUGAGCUCUCAGGCCGAGCGGUCUUAUCGCAGAGAGAAAGUAUCUCCAGCAAUGAGGACACUGAUACAUGAAGAAGCACUGGCGAGUAAUCCCAGAGGCCUUUCUGGACUGUAUAACUCAUUGAUAGCAUUCAUUGACGAUGAAAUGAAAGUAUUACGUAUAGCUACACAACUUUCAGACAAGCGAUGUAAAAUCAAUGGGUUUGACUUUGUGGUAAAUAGCUACUGGCCAGAGGUGGAAGAACGUCUUGAAUUAAAUUUGACUUCCAUCUAUGCUCCUGGUAACCCCGAUCAUUUCUUCAUGUGCUACAGUGACACCUUACAAUUUCUGAACAAACUAGAGAGUCGGUGCGAUAAAAAACUACUGAGAGAACAUCCCCAGUACCAAAGCUUUAUGAUGAGAUGGAAUUUGCCAGUUUACUACCAAAUAAGGUACUGUUUGGUUUUACUUUUAUAGAAUCAUAAUUUGUUUUUUACAAUUGUCAUUAUUACAAAAUCAAUCAUUUUUUUUAUAUUGAUACUAUGUAAAA